AUGGAACAGAAUGAAUCUGCUGGGUCGUUGAGUUGGCGUCUCAGCUCACAUCCUAUUACUUUGUUGUGUUUCCUAGGAUUUCGCAUUUCAAGUCUUCUAGUAUACCUAUUCGGAAUGCUCUUCAUUAAAAACUUUGUCAUGAUCUUCAUAAUAACCAUCCUGCUCCUCGCUGCCGAUUUUUACUACCUAAAGAAUAUCGCUGGUCGUCGCCUCGUUGGAUUGCGUUGGUGGAAUGAAGUAGACCCUGCAACUGGUGAUUCGCAUUGGGUCUUUGAAUCUUCGGAUCCAAAUACGAAAAUCAUAAACCCUACGGAUAGCAGAUUCUUCUGGCUUGCACUUUAUUCGCAGCCAUUGUUAUGGGUCGGAUUAGCCUUUGUGGCUAUUUUUAGGUUUGAAUUUAUUUGGUUGACCUUAAUCGGUAAGUUUUGCCUUCUGUUGCGGAUUCCAGGCGGCCAUGAGUACGGAAUAAGGGUGAAAACAAGAUGCUACACCGAGGGAAUUGCUAAUGAGUAUGGUUGUGUAGUGAUUGCAUUGAGUUUGACAGUUACGAAUACUUUGGCGUUCUCGAGAUGUGAUAAGUUUGGACAAGCAUCGAAUUUGGCGGGCAGUGCUAUGUAUUCCUCAGGAAUUGCGGGAAAUAUCGCAAGCGCUACUAUUGGAAGAUUCUUCUCGAGAUAA